UCUUAAGGGUUUGGCUGGGUUCUCCUUUUCAGUUAUCUGUGCCCCGGUUGCUGGCAACGUAUCUGAGAGAAUGCAGGUUAGUUGACUGCUCGGCGGUUAGCGGUUUGACGCCUUGUUGUGAAAGAAGGGAUGCAGCGAAGAGGAGAGAGGAGAAGAGAAACGACCGGUCUUCUGUGGGACAGGUUGUGCGCUGAAUGAAUCGUUGAACAAACACUCGCGCAUGUCCCGGUGAAUGAAGUGGAACAGCACUGUCUGUCAAACACCGCAGUCUCCUUCUGCUCUACUGCUGGAAUCUGCCUGCGUGUGACUCUCUCCCUGUAUCUCUCUGAGCCUGCCGUCCACUGAGUGCCUCUACUSUUCUCUUGUCUCAGCAUCACUCAGUUCCAGCCCCUGAGCACUGAACACAGGGCAGCAUGUGAGUGGCGGCAGAGUUGAGCAGCCUCACGUCCUCCUGACACACACAGGAACACCAGCUCAUCCCCGGCCGUCACGUAGAGCCACACACACACAUACGUACACUCACACUCAGACGCACACACUUUCCGACUCAGAGAGACACACAUUCACUCACAUUCACAUACAAACGCUCAGGCACGCUCAGGAGCCAGCCAUGGCGAAGGGAGAGAGGGUACCCGAUACCCCAGCAGGCAAACUCUUCAAGCCCCCAGAGCCAGCUUUCAACAAGCCCCCCCACCAGACUGUGCUGGACCAGAGGCUGUCUUUCUGCAGUAAACUGUGUUUCGCCAUCGGAGGAGCGCCCAAUCAGGUGGCCGGCAGCGCUACGGCGUUCUUCCUCCAAAUCUACCUGCUGGAUGUCGCCCAGAUCAACCCUUUCCAGGCCUCCAUGGUUCUGUUCAUAGGGAAGGCGUGGGGAGCCAUGACCGACCCUGUUGUCGGCUUCUUCAUCACCAAGAGCAGGUGGACCAGGAUAGGCAGACUCAUGCCCUGUCCCCCCUCCAAGCUCCUCACCAAGCUGGGGACCCUGGGACUGAACACCURCCUCUGUAACUGGAUCCUGGACUUCCRGACGGGACGGCCCCAGGUGGUGAGGAUCAACCCUUUCCAGGCCUCCAUGGUUCUGUUCAUAGGAAGGCGUGGGGAGCCAUGA